AUGCGUCCAGGAGAGCCUGCAGCAAAGAUCCAGUCGGACUUUGCUUACCUCCCAGACGUUUCUGUAACUUGCUCCACGAUUGACUUUGUGGUGCGGGUCAAACCAUCUUUCUACGGUCUGGGCGCAGGCGCAGAGGAGCUCAAAAUAGGCAGCAAAUGCAAAAGCAACGGGGUUCUCCGGCCAGACGGGGACCUGCUCUUCACCUAUCCGCUGACAUCGUGUGAUGCCGUGCGCGAGUCGUCCUGCGGAUAUCUGCUCUACAAAUUCGUGCUCCAUUAUGAGCCUUCGCCGAAACGUCUCCCAAGAAAAGCGCACCGGAUCAAUGUCGACAUUGAAUGCCGUUAUCAAAGGGACCACCAUGUGUACCAACUGGCUGUGCAGCCCACAUGGGAAACUGCUGUUGUGCGUAAAAGGCUGAAAGGAAAUCCAAGUGACUUCCAGAUAACAUUGAUGGAUGAUUUAUGGAGCAGACCAGUCAAGUACCAGGUGUACCAGAUUGGAAGGACUAUUAAUUUCCAAGUCUCUGCUCCUCAUGUCUCAACUGGUGGGAAACUCUACAUCAAUACCUGCUAUGCUACACCAUCCAGUGGCUCUACAUCAUCCCUCAAAUACGCCAUCAUUGACAAUUUUGGCUGUAUGUCGGACAGUAAGAGCAACCCAGGGGGCUCUCAGUUUAUCUCUCGGACAGACAAGAGCCUGAGAUUCUCCCUCAAGGCGUUCCAGUUUACAUUGGACCCCGCCACGGUGGUCACUAUUCACUGCAAAUUGUUUGUCGUAUCUGAGGACCUGGGUCCUACACACAAAUCAUGCACCUACAGAGGGAACGGCUGGAAGGCCCUCACUGGUGACAACUCCCUUUGUGACUGCUGUGAUUCACAAUGUGUGAUGUCUAAACCCCGGCGGGCCUUGAUGGAAGGCUCUGCCAGCAGUGGAUCCCUGUUGGUCUCUGAUCAACCGUACACCGAGGACGGCUUUCCACCAGUCAGCAGAGAAAGCGAGGCCACAAUAAAUCAUUACAAUGAGCUGAAAAUUCAUGAGAACCUUUGGGAUUUAGUAAAGCACGAUGAUAAAGAGCAGGACUUGGCAGAUGACGAAGAGCAAGACUACGCAGAUGAAGAGCAAGAAUACGCAGAUGAGGAGCAAGACUACGCAGAUAAUCAAGAGGAUAAUGAGUAUAUCUUUGGAGUGAUGACAGAACCUGAUUUAGAUAAGUCCGGUUUUAGGGAAAUGGUCUUUGUGGAGGAGAAGACAGAGUCCGAAGAGAACGGGUCAGAGUAUGCAGCACAAGAGAGUGAAGAAGAUGAGAUGAAUUUGGAUCGGAGGAAGGAAGCAGAAAUGUUACAGGGGGAGCAAAUGUUCCCGUCAGACGGCCUACAGAGAGAGUUACAGAUGCUGGUAUCUGAAGGCGAAGGAGAAAACACUAAGCAUGCAGGUAGCGGAGAAGAGGAUGACUGGUUGAUGGCCUCCGAGGUGAAGUGGAAUGAUGAUGAUGAUCUGGCAGACUUGGAUGAUAGCGAGAUGACCUGGUAUUUCACAUGGAGGUAG